UUUUUCACCGACCAUAUUUUUCGGUUACACCCUGCCCUUGACUUCCUCUUGAGAGGUGAAAGGAGUGCUAACUGAGCAGACAACUAGCAAUCCACAUAGGUGGUUUAGCUAACAAUUUGCAAAUAUGGGUCUUGUACCAGAUGAGGCCAAAGUUCUCCCACCACCAGGAAUAGUGAACAGAAAUUCAGUAUGGCUGGGGGUGUUGGGGUGGUGCACGGCGAUGCUUCAGAAUACCCUAAACCGCAGACCGCCUCUGAAAUCAGGUGUGCACAGACAAGUCUUGAUGUCCACCAUUGGUUGGUUCAUUGGUUACCAUAUUACAAAAUAUGAAAACUACAAUUUUGCAAGACUGGACCGAGACAUGAACGAGUAUAUAAGGCUGCAUCCAGAAGAGUUUCGAGAGAAAGAGAAAAAGACCUUUGCUGAAAUUGUGGAGCCUUUUCAUCCAGUACGCUAAGUGUAGGAGGCUGACAAAUAAAGGACACACAUUUCACAGACCACCAUCUGUCCCCGUUGUUGCUCUUUGAAUGUGAUUCUAUACUGUCAAAUUUGGAGUAAUGUACAUAAUAAAACCUACUUAACAAACA